AUGGGUUUCCAAGACAAACGAGUUGUGGUUGUCGGUGGCGGUCUCGGCGGCAUGGCCUUCAUGAACGCCGCCCAAUACGCCGGCGUGAAGAAUAUCCAGUGCUACGAGCAAGCCCAUCAAUUCGGUGAAGUCGGCGCCGGAGUCGACAUCUCUGCCAACGCAAACCGCAUUCUCGACGCAUUUGGCCUCAAGGAAUCUCUUCUUAGCCGCUCCUCGCCCCAGCUCCCCUACUAUAUGCAAUACCACAACUACAAGUCCGGCGAAUACCUCGGUCAUAUCGAGGAAUUCUCAGAGCCGCACGCCCGUCUCAUCCACAGAGCCCACCUCCUCGAUUCGCUCAAGGAGUCCGUCCCAGAAAACCUCCUUCACCUCCAGAAGCGUCUCGCCCGUCUCGACCGCAACACCGGCCCCGACGCAGCACCCUACACCCUGCACUUUGAGGACGGCACCACCACCGAUGCUGACAUCGUUAUCGGAUGCGAUGGUAUCAAAUCCAGAGUACGUCGCGAACUCGGCUUUGGAGACUCGCCCAAUUACUCCGGCCAGGUCGUGUACCGUGGGUUCGUCGACUACAAGGAUCUACCCGAAGAAACUGCUAAGCUGCUCCACAACGUUGUCAACUUCCGUGGACCAAAGCGUCAUAUUCUGUGCCUACCUAUCGGCAACCCUGAUACUCAGACAGACCGCAUUGGUGUUAUUGGAUUUAUGUCCGAGCCGCUCGAGUCCUGGGAUUCCGAGAACUGGAUGGCCCGCUCGGAGAUCAGUACCCUACAGGAGCACGUCAAGGACUGGUGCCCACAGGUGCAAGAUCUUAUUAAGGGUCUUGAGGCGGGAUCGCCCGAUGGCCGAAUGAUGAAGCAAGCGCUUUAUGUGCGCGAGCCAAUUGCCAAGUGGUACGAGAUGAAGGACGGGCAAAAGGAUGCGGGAAUUGUCCUCCUCGGUGAUGCUGUUCACUCGACUCUUCCCCACCAGGGCCAAGGUGUCUGUAUGGCCAUCGAGUCCGGUAUCGCACUAGCCACGAUUCUUACCCACUGGAAGAACGAUGAUCUGCAGGCUGCAUUCCAAUUUUACCAGGACCUGCGCAAGCCUCGCACGGACCGAGUGACAAAGACUAGCUUUGAAGCUGGAAAGCUUGCUAGCUCGGAUGAACCUGAUCGCAUGACUGAUAAGUUUAACCCCGAGGCGCUGAUGGAGCGUAUGAAGUGGAUUAUGGAGUAUAAUGUGCUCGAUGACUUGAAAGCCAAGGGUGCCGAGCUCAUGGACUUUAGUGAAUCGCACAUCUAA